GGCCCAAGAAAACACAAACACCCGAUCAUCAGCACGUCAAAGAAGCGGGGUGCCAGUCUACUAUGAAACGUUUGUUCGUAACAAGGGAGAAGCAUCGUUCAGGUGAAAGUGGGGUUGGUAUGAAGCUUGUGGGAGGAAAAUUGACACCCAGCGGCGAGACUGGAGCAUUUGUCGGAAAAAUUUACAAGGGAGGAGUGAUAGAUCUACUGGGGCAACUUAAAGAAGGUGACGAAAUUGUUGAAUGGAAUGGCACUUGCUUACGUGGCAAAACAUACGAGGAAGUCCAGAAAAUUUUGAGCGAAUCUACUCAAGAGAUUGAAAUAUUAGCUGACUGCGGUCCCAAGACGCCGCCUGUUUCGACUUCGCCAGCCAAAGCCAGCGCCGCGCCGAAGCUGGACCGCUCGUCGAGCGGUAGCCCGCAGGUGACAUGUGGGUCGCGAGGUCGCAGGUCACUGCCCAGGGUUCCGGGGGAGACGGCGGAGGGUGGGCCGGCGAGGCGCAGCAGGAGCGUCAGGAAGACCGACACAGUCUACGACACCAAUGGCAACCCCGUCGAAGCGAAGCUGAGCCGAGCUGGCAACCCCGUCGAGGCGAAGCUGAGCCGAGCUGGCAACGGCACCCUCGACGAGGACGACGAUCGCCGCGAGAACAACUCCAGCAUCGACCCGAUGGACAGCGUAAGCAACUGCGGCCGGCUGGCCGGCGGCGACUCGAUCCAGCGCCUGACCUCGACCGGGGCACCAGCGGCAGCCGUGCGCGCCGCCGGCACCUCCGCCACCACCCGGCGCUUGCCACUUGGGAUAGCGCUGGGCCAGAUUCAGCUCCAGCUCUGCUACGACGUGGUGGCCCACAUACUGUACGUCAGCGUGCUGCGGGCCAAAAACCUGAAGACCCGACGGCCGAACGGCGACACGAGGCCGGACCCAUUCGUCAGGGCCACGCUGCUCCCGGACGCCAGCUCGGAGAAUACGCGGACUACCCGUCACUUCUCGUACGAGUCGGUGCCAGAGUGGAACCAGACCAUGGUGUACCCCAAGGUGGCAGGCCGAGACUCUGCGUGCCUCCAGCCUGGAGGUCUCCAUCGGAACCACGAUCUGUACAAGGGGCAACGAGCACCUGGGACAAGUCUGCCAUCGAUUUGUCAGGUGACGGGAGAACAUGGCGCUGGAGAGGUGGCCUGUCAUGACCCCGACGUCCGUGAUUGA